AUGGCCUCAGACAUGGCCUCAGAUACCACCCAGCUGCAGGACCCGGUCGCCUACCCGCUCGUGUCCAUCCUCUACUGCGUCAAGUGCAACUGGCUCCUGCGGGCGUCGUGGUACCAGCAGGAACUGCUGCAGACGUUCACGUCCAAGGCGACAAGCGCCGACGAGGCGGUUGUGCAUUCGAUCGUGCUCAGACCGUCGUUUGUGCCAGGCACCUUCCAGGUGCUGGUGAAGCGGUCCGCGGACGCCGAGUGGGUGCUCGUGUGGGACCGCCUCAGAGACGGAGGGUUCCCCGAGGCAAAGGCGUUGAAGCAGUGCAUCCGGGACGUGGUGUCGCCCGAGCGCAGCUUGGGCCACUCGGACAAAAAGUCCAGCGGCACGUUGCUCACAGGCUCCAAGGCGUCGUCGGCGUCGUCGCCUGCGCCGCCUCCGGCAUCCGGUGCCGUCUCCUCAACAGGUUCCAUACCGCUCGCCACGCCCAGGGAACACACCCCGACCGAGAGGGAAAUAGAAACAUACGGCUCGCCCAAGUUGGCGUCCAGCCACAAAACAUUCUGCGAAGAGUGUGUGGAAAACCUCCCUCCUGCGUGGGAAAUGUGA